AUGACGAUUCAGGAACAGACUAUCCUCAUCACCGGAGGCGGUGGAUGGCUCGGCGGCCUGCUGCCGGCACGCAUCGUGCAGCGAGAGCCGCAAACCUCUUUCAGCUUCAUCCUCGCCGACAUUGUCGAGCCUAAAUCGACAAAGGGCCUUGCUGCCAAGGUCAUCUGCAAGAAGGCCGACCUCUCUGAUCCCGCAAGCCUCGACGCUCUCUUUGAGACCGAAUUCGGCAAGCCGGAUGUCAUCUACUCGAUGCACGGCAUCAUGAGCUUGGGAAGCGAGGAGAACUGGGACCUCGGCAUGAAGGUCAACAUCGAUUCGACGCGCGCCCUGCUCGAGAAGGCACGUCACUCGCGCAACUCGCAGGGCGAGCCGAUCAAGUUCGUCUUCACAUCCUCUGUAGCCACCUACGGUGGCCCGCUGCCUCACGUCGUGCUACCCUCGACUGCUUGCCAGCCCGAAGGUGCAUACGGAAUGGCCAAACUCAUGGGCGAGUACCUUGUGACCGAAUACACUCGCAAGGGCUUUGUCGAUGGUCUUUCCGUCAAGCUUCCCACCAUUGUCCCCCGCCCCGGUGUUCCCUCUCGAGCCACGUCUGCCUUCGUCUCAGGCAUCGUUCGUGAACCGUUGAACGGCGUCGAGGCUAUCUGCCCUGUCGGCUCUUCGGUUGAAGACCCCGUGCUCAAGAAUGUCGAGGUGUGGGUUGCCAAGCCAUCGACGACGCUCGAGAACCUUGCACGUGCCAAGAACGUCAUCGACUCGAGCUCGGAUAAGAUCACCCGAUGGUCGCGCUCUGUGCAGCUUCCUGGCUUCACUGUCUCGAUCCACGAGAUCAUCGAGGCUCUUCGUAAAGUGCGCGGCGAUGACGCCGUCAGUCUCAUCAAGUUUGAGCACGAUGACACGUGCCAACGUAUCGUCUCGAGCUGGCCUCGUGAAUUCGACAACUCGUACGCUCUGGGUCUUGGCUUCACCGUCGACCAGGACGGAUUCACAGGAGCCAUCAAGGAGUACAUGGACAAUCACUGCUAG